UUCUGGUACUGGUAGCCAUUUUGUUGGUUCAACAGAGAUCCACAAGUUCCAAAUUUUCCUACGGAAGAUCGUAAUCAGCUAAUGCAAGUACUAAAAUUUAAUAGUUAAUUUGUUCUCAGAAGAUAAUCUCUAUAUAUAACUCAUUCAUAUGGUAUUAUGCCUUUAGCCAGUCGAGCUCGAAUUUACUCAGAAGCCAAUUCAAUUAGAUCACAAGAUUACUGGGAUUAUGAAUCACAUAUUGUAAAGUGGGGUGGUCCAGAUGACUACCAGCUUGUGAAAAAAUUGGGCAGGGGAAAAUACAGCGAAGUCUUCGAAGCCGUCAAUGUAACCAAUAGCGAAAAGUGUGUAGUGAAAAUUUUGAAGCCUGUGAAAAAGAAGAAAAUAAAACGUGAGAUUAAGAUUUUAGAAAACCUGAGAGGAGGACCAAACAUAAUCAAUUUACAAGCUGUUAUCAGAGACCCUGUGUCGAGAACGCCAGCAUUGAUAUUUGAACAUGUAAACAACACAGACUUUAAGCAACUUUAUCAGACGCUAACAGACUUUGAUAUUAGAUUUUACCUGUUUGAACUCCUUAAGGCUCUUGAUUACUGUCAUAAUAUGGGUAUUAUGCACAGAGAUGUCAAACCUCAUAAUGUCAUGAUAGACCAUGAGCAUAGGAAACUUCGACUAAUAGACUGGGGAUUAGCAGAAUUCUACCACUUAGGUCAAGAAUACAAUGUCCGAGUUGCAUCUAGGUAUUUUAAAGGUCCAGAGCUGUUAGUUGACUAUCAAAUGUAUGACUACUCACUGGACUUGUGGAGCUUAGGUUGUAUGCUAGCAAGUAUGGUAUUCAGAAAAGAACCUUUCUUUCAUGGCCAUGACAACUAUGACCAGUUGGUACGAAUUGCCAAAGUACUAGGCACAGAUGAACUCUUCGAGUACCUCAAUAAAUACCAAAUAAAAUUAGAUCCCAGAUUUAGUGAAAUUUUAGGAAGACAUUCGAAAAAACGCUGGGAAAGAUUUGUUCACAGUGAAAACCAACAUCUGAUCAGCCCAGAAACUUUGGACUUGCUGGACAAACUUUUACGAUACGAUCACCAAGAAAGGCUGACGGCUAUAGAGGCGAUGGAACACCCGUAUUUCUAUCCUGUGGUCAAAGAGCAACAGUCACAUUAUCAACAUAUCACUGGACAUAGCAACUCUCCAGCAGUUGUGUCAUCAGUUCCAAGCGUGGUUUCGUCAGAUUUCAUCACAGGUUUGCCAGCUAUACCAGUUUCUCCACCUAAUCCUACCUCUAACCCAAAUCCAGCAAUAGCCCAGUCAUGAGACUUAAACCAAUCGUGUGUGGUGUGACAUCAGCGAACAUGAGGCUGUUAUUUACGCACUCAACACCAUACUUUGUGGAGGUUUUAACUAAUGUAGUGUCAAAUCAUAAUAGUGAGAAAUAUAUAUAUUUUACAUGGUGUGUAUUCUUUUUGUAUUAUUAUUAUUAUCAGCCAGUCAUUUCAGGAAGCUAUUCUUACAGAGAAGUGUGACUGUCAGUUAUAGUAUAGAACAUAGAAAAAUUUAACACAGAAUAUACGUACUAAUUAUUAUAUCAGUUUUUUUUCUUUCUUAUCAAUAAUAAAGAAUACUAGUCUCGUAAAGCACAAUUGUAAUAAUAAUAUUACGUAUAUCAUUCCCACCCCCACCCAAUUUUAAAUUAGUACAUGAAAUGUAUGUGCUAAAGUUUUAUUCCCUAUUUUCCAUUAUUAUGAAUUUUAAUUGCUUUAUCAGGUGCUUAAUUGAAUGAAAUGUUUGACAGACUGUCUUCUGUUAGUACGUACGUAUAAUAUUAUCAUGGCUAGAAAUGAAAUCCCAAAAAUUUGUUUUAAUUUUUCAUGUAGCAUUUGGCCUUUUUCAUUCAUUCGGGUUACCUGACUAUUAUAAAUGUUCCCUCUCCAACAGAGUCCAUUAUAUUCAUCUCUCUUAUUCUUACCUAUGGUCAAAAGACAAGUUUCAUCACCAGGUGUCAUGCUAUGACAGUUAUUUUCCUUAAUUGAUUAAAAUAAUACAGUGAUUGUUUAGUCUCUCUCUCUCAUAUGCUUCCAUGAAUUUAAUUUUAAGUUGCAUUUUCUUUUCUUUCUCUCCAGCCCCCCCUUUUAUUUUAACCAACAGUAGUGUGUAGUCUUUGAGUAUUUGUCCGCUGAAGACUUGAUGGAUAUGCUUAUAUAUAUAUAUAUAUAUAUGUUUCUUUUCAUUCUGAUCUUUACAUGGUUUCAGAGAAAAUGAAAACCUUUUGUGAACUGUAGGGGGAAAAAAUAAAAUCCAGAAACAUUGGCAUCAAUUUUUUUUUUUGUAAGAUCUAUGACUUUGUUAUUUGUAUUCAAAAUGUAAAUAGUCUAACAGCGACAUUUCAUGAUGAAAAACCAAAUAAUUUUAAUUAAAUAACGUAUUAAAAUGCUGAAGUAUGGGUUAUUGAUCAAAAUUACUACUUUUUUUUUUUUUUUACUUAUUGUAAAAAUUGUAUUUUUUUUUAAAUUCAAAGUAAAAUUUUUCAAGACUAAAGAUUUGUACAGUUGGUUACUGAGGACGUACCUGGCCAUCUUAGGUGUUAUUUGUUUUUAACAUCUUCCUAUUUGCAGUUGUGAUUGUGAUAAAUAUCAAUAUAUAUUUUUGUAGGUAAAAGUUGAAUUGUGAAGAUGGAUAUAAUGAACAGUAAAAAACCAUUUUCAAUAAAAGUUGAGUAAAAUGA